AUGCCCGGGGGUAAAGCCACCACCGUUUCACCUUCACUUCCCCGCCGACAUCGCCGUGGCUUGACCCGCAGUGCCGCUGCUUGUGAGCGCUGCAGGCGUCGUAAGCAAAAGUGUGAUGGGAGAACUCCAACAUGUGGUGCCUGCGAAGCUGUGGGCGCAUCUUGUAUCCCCUCCGAACGCCUAGUGGUACGACCGGCCCAUCCAGAAUGCCAAUGUGACAGGUUGCGAGGUCAGCUGGAGACUCUACAGCUUCAGUACGACACCCUGUCACAGCAAUUUGAAGAGUUCCGACGACAGGCGGGUGGAGAGAUUCCCCUGCGCAACUCUCAUGCACCGGAUGUAUCAGGAUUAUCGUCUUCGGGAACCAUUUCCGUCUCCAGACGCCAUGUCUGUUCAACUACGCCCGAGGAGUUGCGGAAGCAGAACUUACUCUUCAAAUCCGACAUCCCUUACACCGGUCGCAUCCUUCGGCCAACCUUUCCCCAGAGGACAAGGGUUAGAGAUACGAACGGGAGUGCUCUCAGUAGCGCAUGGAGACUCUGGGGAGAUGACACAAGACCCAUAGAAACUCCCUUACCCUCCACUACUAUCCCGGACUUGGAUGCAGAGGCGUACAUGAACGUGGCCGGAACAUUCUUCGAUCGUAGAUGGCCCUAUUUACCUGUCCUGCAUCGGCCUACCUUCCUUCGGGAGCAUCUAUUACCCUUUCUGAGUAGGAAAGCGUCGAGUGGCAUAUCAAUGUUUUUAGUGAACAUUGUCUGCGCAAUUGCCACCGCCGAGAAGCCGUUAGAUCAGGAAGGGAGUACCCCCAGUCAUCGGGUGUUUUUUCACCGAGCGACCCAGGACCUGCACCGUGUCAUAGGGACGGGCGACUUUGAAUGCGUGCAGUGCCUUUUGCUUCUCUGUAUGUACGGCCAUAACGAACCACAGUCCGUCAACCUGUGGUACACCUCGGGUCUCGCCCUCCAAUUAGCCAUCGGAAUCGACCUGCAUCGGAAGGAAAGUCUGAUGGGACGAGACGUUUUAUCUGCAGAGAUGGUUAAGCGGGUCUUCUGGUGUGCGUAUGUGACGAAUUGCAUCAUGGCAAUCAAUAUGAGUCGCCCUUUAGGCAUCCAGGGGUCGGAUAUCACAAUGCCCUUACCGCUGCAGCUGACGGAUGAUGAAUUGGACGAUUCACCUGCGGCACUAGACCAUGCCAGUAUAGUACCCCAAGUGUCGGACACCUCGACCUUCAUUCAUAUCAUCCGGUUACGGAAGAUCAAUGCGGAUAUCUACAACUCCUUUCAUUCCAUCGGCCAGAGGCGACCUGAUGCUGAAGCACUGGAGAGCAGGCGAAAACAGUAUUUUUCCGAGCUCAACCACUGGGUCUCUACUGCUCCGCGGUACAUGCAGACCCUCUCCACUUUCCAAUCCCCUCACUGGUUUCAGAUCGCUUUCCAUCACGCGGUCUUGACCCUCAAUCGUCCAUCUCGGGCAGCGCCUAUGCCGUCAUAUGAGAACCUGCGCAUCUGCAUCGAGGCCGCCAUCGGACUGAUCAGCUCUUACAGCGCUCUAUACGCCAUGAAUCGCAUCAGAUACACAUUUGUGGCUAUCCAUGCGCUUUUCAUGGCAGCCCUGACCAUGCUCUAUGCCCUACGGGCCUCCCCGCCACUACGUCACGAGUUAACCAGGCCGGUUGUGCAGACGAACAUCCUCACUUUUCUGACCCUGUUCCGCGGCAUAUCCAAUGGCCGCGUCGUCGGGGAGAAAUGCUCUAAAAUCGUUGAGCGGCUGGGGAACUGCAUCCUGACUCUGUUUGAUGACGCCACUGCUGCGAGUGUUGAUGUUGAUACCGAGUUCCAGUCGUGGUUUGGUCUUCAAAGCCAUGCGUUCGCUGGCUCGGCGCAGAGCAUGUCCGUAAGCGAGAUGGAGAACAAAUCUCCUCAAUACCCGGAUGCAAGGGUUGAUAUUCCGUGGAGCGAUCUGUUCCUCGAAGGUAUAGACAUAGGUUCGACUGACGUGUGGGGCUUUCUGACUUGA